GCUGCAUGAAUGAGUUGGGCUAGGGUUUUGCUAGUGUACAGAUGAGAUCUUGACGAUCCAAAUACGUCCCCCCUCUCUCGUUUCAAAUUGAACGCUUUCUGCACAGUGCUUAGUCCCGUCUUUUCCUCUCUCUCUCCAUUUCGUCAGUGCAUCACUGAUUCACUGUCAUCGCCGUUGAAUCUCAGUCGUUCCAUCAAACACCGUUAAGAGCCGAUCAGACGGAGCACGGCGAGCUAUGGGCCCACCGAAAAAUGCGGUCCGUUCGAUCUCUCAGGAGGCCUUCGACGAGCUCGUGAAGGAGAACAUUGACGACCUCGGAAUGGAACCGGCCGAGGCUCUUCAAGACGCCAUCGAAACCCUAACUCUCCAGGGCGUCGAUCUCUCCGGGAUUGUCACUUGUGUUCCAGGAGAGGGUAGUGUGAAGGAUAAUCCUGUUAUACAGUGUUUGGAUAGAUUGAAGGAAUUUGAUGGUGGUUCCGAGGAUUGGAAUUCAGAUUCCAUUGCGGAAUUGUUCGAAAAGCUAGCCGAGCUAUGCAGUGUAGAGGGAUCUGGAAAUGCGGUGAUAGCUACAAGGAACAGAGCGCUGGAAUUGGUGUUCUCUGUGUGUUCCAAGAUUAAAAUUGAGGAUGGACAAGCUCUUGUUUCGGCUUUGAAGGCAAUGGCUGCUUUGCUUCAUGAUCUUCAAAGCACAGAAACAUUUCGGACCGUAGGUGGACCAUCAAUUCUGAUGGGUUUCUUGAAUGAUGGUAGCCAAAAAUUAGACAUCUUGAAUAGUGGUUUUGCUGUAGUUGCUGCAGCUGUGACUGGCAAUGAGGUUCUGAAAGAGUCGUUCAUGGAGCUGAAAAUUGAUGAGCUUAUUCUUCAAACACUCCAUAAACUGAAUAAAGGCAGCACUCAAAGUUUGUAUGAUGCUAUACGUGUUCUCCUAACAGCUGAUGAUAAUCGUGUAGUGGCUUCACAAGUUUAUGGCUAUGCAAGGAAAUUUGCCAAGAUUGGAAUUGUUGGAGCUCUGGUAGGUUCACUGCAAGCUGAGCUUAGUUCACCUAGUCUAGUUUCAGCAAGCAUAGCUUUAAAGGCCGUUGCUGUUAAUGACGAAAUAUGUAAAUCCAUUGCUGAAAAUGGUGGUAUUGAUGCAGUGCUUCGAUGCAUUGAUGAAAGUAGUGAACAAGGCAACAAAACUGUAGCUAGAGUUUGCUGUUCUCUGCUCUCAAAGCUGGCUGGAAGUGAUGCAAAUAAAAAUGCUAUUGUUGAGAAAAGAGGCUUGGACAGGCUAAUCAAGCUCUCAGCCAGAUUUUUCGAUGACCCUUCUGUUCUACAAGAGAUCAUGGCAAUUAUCUCUGUACUCUGCUUGAGAUUGCCAGAAAACGCAGCACGUGCCAUCGAAGCUGGGGCUGGAGACCUUGCCAUCCAAGCCAUGCAGAAGUUUCCUGCAGUGCAGCAAAUGCAGAGGAAUGCCUGUUUCAUGAUUCGGAAUCUUGUUGUCAGGAACCCCGAAAACAGGACUUUUCUGUUAAAUAAUGGUGUUUCGAAACUCAUAAGGCAGGCCAAACAAAACCACGAGAGCUGCAAGGAGGCUGCUACUGACGCUUUAAGGGAUUUGGGACUUGAUGACUACAACUUGUAACCUCAAGCUGUCCAUGUUUGAACCUAAAUUCAAGCUGUCCAUGUUUGAACCUAAAUUCUACACACUCCCAUUUGCUUUUCCCAGAUUUUUUUGUUUUUUUUUUAUAAUUCUUUUCGGCUUCUUGUUGAGGGUGGCUGUGGCAAUUUUUUGUGUGGGGAUCUCAUUUUAAUAUCUCAUUGUAAUACAAGUAUGAGACUCAAUUCUUGCAACACGAGAAUGAAAAGCGUUUUCCUGUU